AUGUCUUAGAAAGGAACUGCGGUUAUCAGAUGAAACUAAAAUAAUAGUGACCUCAACGAUUUCUUCGGCAUAAGUGCGUUACAAUUACUCUUCAAACGAUUCUCCGAAAGGUAGGCGAGAGUUCCUCGAGUGAAAUACGCGGCCUUCGAAGUAUUAAGUAACAUCGAGAGUAGCAAUAAAAUUGACAGCGGAUAGCUUCAGUGCUCUACAGUUGGACAUUCAUCAAAAUACAUGAAACUCCCACCAUUUCUCGAUUUUUCCAUCGAUAAACACCAAAAACUAGAACUUUGCUACGAAGAGGGUCACGAAAAAUCGAAGACUAAAGAACAGCGUCCAAUUAAAAGCGAAACAGCCCGAAACACCGUUACAUUCACAAUCACACAAGUUCGAAUCUCCUAUAACGCGAACAUCCACGUAGAAUCGCGUCGUGCGAUCCGCGUCGGUGGCGACUGAUCGAUCGCGAUCGAGACAGCCGCGAUUCGCCGCGUUCCCGCCUAGUGAGGCAAACGUUGUUCGUCACGGCCGCGAACCGACGCAGGAAAGAAUGCCAUGCGGAAGGCCAAAGACGAUCGCAUCAAGAUCACGACGCACCACUUUCGGAUCAGCAUCGAGGAAGAGGACGAUGACCAAGAUGACAAAGGGGAGAAGACGCUAAGGGAUCUAGUGGAAGUAGCGUCGGCCCUCGCGGAAAGGAGGAUAUCCAUCAAAAUCGAAGCUGACACCGAAACGUCGUUAGCUACCGAUUCAAGAAACAUUCUCGAUCAUCCUCUGUCGCAAAGUCAUGCUUCCACUGGAGAUCAAAAAGAAAAAUCGAGAGAAAGUUCGUCGGUGCCGAGAUUCGAAAGAGGACUUCGCACGCCUAGAGGGUCCGUCAAGCGGAAAGAGGACGAUGGGUUCGAGGAGAAGCCUGAAAUCGAUGCGUUCGAAGGGGCGGGAGAUUCCGGUGGCUCGAAGGUGCGCGACGAUCCCGGAAACAGGUCGGAAAUCGAGGAAUUCGAGGAUGCGAGUCGCUCCGGGGCAGCGGGUCAAGCGCGAAUCGAGGGAAGGGGAGCGGAAACUUUGGUCGAAGCGGUGGUCCCGAUCGAGGAUCGACCGUCGGACGCUGGAAUCCGGCCGAUGACGAGCGCGGGCCGGAAUUUGGCCGGGUUCCAUGGCGGAAACCUCGUAGAUCUCCCUUCCUCAAGGAAACACGCGGCCGGCGCAACCUCGUGCCGAAAUGCGAGUUCCAAUCAGAGGUUCGCGCGGUGGCCAAGCUCCGCUUCUCAUCAUCCUUCCGAUGCCGGCUAUAACCGAGAUCAACUGGUCAAGAGUGACGACACCGUGUCGUUCGACAAAAAUGACUCGAAGAAGGCGCAUGCCGCUGCGAAGUGGCCAGAUGCGUUCGGGACGUUUCAACAGGUAGACGCUAAACAAGCCAGGAGGUUCUCGUCGAGCGACCAGGCUAAGCUGAGAUUCUGGAAUUUUAUGGAGACCAAUGACGCCGAGAGUCAUGCCAAACUGUUCGAAGACGCAUCUGAGGCUGCGGGAUCGUCUAAACCUCUCACUGAAGAUGGUAAAAAGAUUCCAGCGAAUCAGGCAGAGCAAAGAUUCCGGGAUUCAGACACGGAACCCAAGAAGACUGGACCUAAAUCUUCCAAAGAGACUUCGAGCUCUCUGCAAUCCGAGGAAACAGCUAAGGUCCCAGUGAUCAGCAAGAUCCAAGUGGAACAGUCGACCAUGUUAGCCUACCAAACGAAUGUGACCCCUCAGACAACCCCGUUGCUCAUCAGAAGAUACCUGAGAACUGAGAGCGAGAAGCUUUCUAGCCUAGAUCUAGGGGAAUCUCUGAAAAAGCAAGAUUCGUUAGGCACAGAGAACACCAAGUUACCGAGCACCAGCAUGGAUGAUGCCAGCCAGGUGAGAUCAAAAAGAAGACAGACACUGCCAACGUUGGACACCUGUCAGAGUCCCAGUAAAACACCCAAGACUCCUUCCUAUGGGGACAUCUUGUCGGGGACCAGUGUGAAUCCGAUCAGGCGGUCCAGCAUCGCUAGCGCAGCCAUUUGCUCCAGUCUGGUGCCGAGUUUAGCUGGCGCCUGUCCUGUUAUACCCGACUGUUUGCUGCCGGCUGGUGAAGAGAGCGCCGCGACCAAUGAUCAUCCAGUCGAGAGUCCUGCGAAGACAGGAGGCGGGCUUAGGCUGAAGCUGCCAUUUUUACGGCUCCACAUACCGGAGCACCAGCAUCCGACCAGCUGGGAGGACGAUUCCAAUGGACAUCAUUCGCACACGCACCAUCACGAUCACCAUCAUCAUCACCAUGUUUUCCCGCAUUUUCAUGUGCCCACGAUCACGUUCACCGCGACUGGCGGCGACGGCGAGUCCGGGCGCAAGUUCAACUUCGGCAUACGCAGACACUCGCAGACGACCUUGCACCGGACUGACUCGAUGGUAUCGCUCUGCUACCGAUCUCUCGCCAGCUAUAUCACAGAUGAUAACCUCGCUGGUCUCCAAAACUUCCUCGAGAACAAAAGAGUGCAGGUCGACGAUCGAGACGAGAAUGGUAGCACAGCCCUCAUCCUUGCAGCGACUAAGGGGAAGAUACACAUUGUACGGGAGCUUAUCAAUCACGGCGCGGACGUUAAUGCCGAAGAUGGGGAUAACUGGACAGCGUUGCUUUGCGCGGCUAAGGAAGGCCACACCGACGUGUGCCUUGAACUGCUCGAGCAUGGAGCCGAUCUGGAACACAGAGACAUGGGAGGAUGGACGGCACUCAUGUGGGCAACGUACAAGGGUAGGUCGCCGACGGUGACGAUGCUGCUAGCACGAGGAGCUGACGUCAAUGCGCACGGAAAUUUUCAUAUAUCUUCCUUGUUAUGGGCCGCGGGCAGGGGCUACCCUGACAUUGUUAAAGAUCUCAUUGCUCAUGGUGCUAAAGUUAAUGUUGGCGAUAAGUAUGGUACUACAGCAUUGGUGUGGGCGUCGCGUAAAGGAAAUGUAGAAAUUGUAGAUACACUGUUGAAAGCUGGUGCUAAUGUUGAUACCGCUGGCAUGUAUUCAUGGACUGCGCUUCUCGUAGCAACUCUUGGCAAUCACGUGGACGUCGUGCUGCUCCUUUUGGAGCAUAAACCGAACGUGAAUGCAUUGGAUAAGGAUGGUUGUACCGCCCUGGCGAUAGCUUGCCGGGAAGGACACCAUGAAAUAGCUAACGCGCUUCUCAACGCUGGUGCUUAUGUGAAUAUCCAGGACAGAGCCGGGGAUACGAACUUGAUUCACGCUGUGAAAGGCGGUCAUAGAGGAGUGGUUGAAUCUCUUUUAAAGAAAUACGCGGACGUGGACAUCGCUGGAAAGGAUAAGAAAACCGCCACUUACAUAGCAGUAGAAAAAGGCAAUAUACCGAUAUUAAAAUUGUUACUAAACGCUAACCCAGACUUGGAGGUCGCGACGAAAGACGGUGACACGCCAUUACUGCGGGCAGUUAGGUCGCGGAACGCUGAAAUCGUGCAAUUACUGCUGGACAAGAAAGCCAAGGUCUCAGCUACCGAUAAAAAAGGCGACACGGUGCUUCAUAUAGCUAUGCGUGCGAGAUCAAAAGCUAUCGUCGAAAUCUUGUUGAGAAAUCCGAAAAAUAGUCAGCUGCUGUACCGUCCGAAUAGACAAGGGGAGACGCCGUACAACAUUGACAUUAAUCAUCCUAAAACGAUUCUUGGACAAAUAUUUGGUGCACGUCGUCUUAACACUAACGAGGAUAAUGAAAACAUGCUCGGCUAUGAUCUAUACAGCAGUGCAUUAGCAGAUAUUCUUAGCGAACCAUCUCUGUCAACGCCGAUAACUGUUGGCCUUUACGCGAAAUGGGGUUCCGGAAAAUCAUUUUUAUUGAACAAAUUGAGAGAGGAAAUGAAGAACUUUGCUCGACAGUGGAUAGACCCCGUGUUCCAAUUUUCUUUCUUACUUUUUGUUGUGGUAUCCCAUGUGUCUUUAUUAGUGGGUAUUACUAUAGGUCUCGCUCUACAAUCGUGGAUUGUUGGUCUUGUCUGCGGUAUAAGUCUUAUUGUUAUUACCUAUACUUUUUUGAUACUUAUCUGGUAUGCUAACAAAAGAUACGAUUGGUACUGGCCUUAUAAUUUCACGGUAGCUCUCACCACAAAGUUAAAUUCAUUAAAAUUAUUGCUACAAGUGAUUUUCUGUCAUCCUCCUGGUGGUAGAGUUCAUGACGGUGUCACUGCUCAGCCGAUAAAGUUUUACUUCACCGAUCAAACUCGAGUAGGCACGACAGCUGCUGGAGAGAAUGCUGUAGUACAAAUGGUGGGGUCCCUGUACGAUUCCAUUGAAAAUGAUUAUGGUUCUUUAUCCACAAGAUUGUAUAGAGCGUUCAGACCAAAACCCGAUAAAUCCACCACGACUUGGAAAUGGAGACACCUUUGUUGUCUACCGUACAUAGUUAUAUUCGAAUUCUGCUUUUGCAGUUUACUUGUUGGUAUUUCUGUGCUCACUGUCUACCUCAUUGACAUUUCUAGCAAUGAACCAACAAUAGAAAGAGUUACGGCACAUAUUAUUAUGAUAACAGUUGCCUUAAUACUAGGUGUCAGUAUAAUAGCAAACUUAUACACUUGGAAUCGAACAUUGCAAGCACUAGUUUUUUCCCAAAGGCGACACCUCCAACGUAGCAUUUCUAAGUUGGAAACAUUGAAAAGCGAAGGCUUUAUACAAACUUUGAGAAGUGAAGUUAGUUUAAUGACUGAGAUGGUCAAAUGUCUAGAUAGCUUCAUGGCUCAGCAGAGCAGAUUAGUGAUUAUUGUGGAUGGUUUGGAUAGUUGUGAACAGGACAAGGUGUUGUUAGUUUUGGAUGCUAUACAAGCAUUGUUCAGUGAUAAUGGUUAUCCAUUCGUUGUUAUAUUAGCUAUCGAUCCACAUAUUAUUGCCAAGGCAGUGGAAGUCAAUAGUAGGAGAUUAUUUACGGAGUCAAAUAUCGGAGGUCACGAUUAUUUACGCAAUAUGGUGCACCUUCCAUUUUAUUUGCAAAAUAGCGGUUUAAGGAAGGUGAAAAUUGCUCAACAAACUGCCCAACAUAGUAGGAAAACAACGUGGACUGAAGCGGAAGAGAGUGUUAAUUAUACUGCUACUAGCACAAUGCAUCACUCUAUGUCUAGUAGAAGACUUAGUACAGAGUCUGGCAUAAUGAACAGCAAUGAGAAGCUGAAACCACAAAGUAGAAAAGGCAGUAGAAAAUUAAGAUUGAGCGAAUCAAUCGCUAGCAGUAUCGGCAGUAAUUUGAACCGAUUAGGUGGUGCUCAGGAUCUUAAUAAAAUGCUACUUACCGACGAUUACUUUAGCGAUGUAAAUCCUCGUAGCAUGAGACGACUAAUGAACGUCGUUUAUGUCACUGGGAGGUUGUUGAAAGCAUUCCAAAUUGAUUUCAAUUGGUAUCAUUUAGCCAGUUGGAUCAACAUUACAGAGCAAUGGCCGUUUAGAACAUCUUGGUUGAUCCUACAUUAUGACAUGUACGAAGAUAACUUAGAUGAUUCCAUGUCAUUGAAGAGUCUUUACGAUAAGAUACGCCCUCAGAUACCAGUACUUAAAGAAGUCCAGCCCCUUUUAGAAAUGGACAGAGACGAACGCAAAUUAGACAUAUUUCUGACUUUCCAUCGUUCCAGUUUGUUGGUUAGCGACAUGAAGAUAUUCUUGCCAUUUACAAUUAAUCUUGAUCCCUAUAUUAAGAAAAAAAUUAAAGAAGAACAGCAAAGCAUUGAAGAAGAGACAGGAGUUGGACAGUACAAACAGUAUACUCCUUGGACUAUGCACAACGGUGGUCAAGAACCAUGGAAUGCAGGUAGAAGUGGUAGAGCAAUGAAAUAUACUAGGACACCAAGUCUCCAAGUACCUGCACCAGUCCCAGCAACACCAUCUUGGUGUAUGCAGCCAUCGUACGAUUGGCAAACACCAGGCUGGGUAUCAAUGCCUCCUAUGGAACCCACGAUUAAACCACUUUCUGCAACUACAACUCUACCGUCCGAAAUCUUGGAAAUUAAGCUUUCGUCGUUAACAGUGAACGGUGUAUGUGAUCUCAUUGAUAGGAUAGAGAGUUUGAAUCCCAAUCAAGCACCACAGUACAAAAAUGUUAUUAAGGAAAACAACAUCAAUGGCAGAGUUCUGUUACACUGCGACUUGCAAGAGUUAAAAAGAGUACUUAAAAUGGCUUUCGGAGAUUGGGAACUGUUCCGUAUGGUAAUCGCGUCACUUAGAGAAUUAGAGUUGUCAUUCUUCAGUACACACGAAGAAGGACCGCGCAGUGUACGAUUCACAGUAGGAUCUGAACAGAUCCAGCGAAAAGACCAUUCGUUGCAAACUACGUCGAUCCGUGUACCAACUCAUAUUGAAAAGGACAAAGGCACCUCAAGAACUGACGGUCCACCUAGACGAGAUCAAACCAAACAGUCCAUCAUGGAAAAACAAUAUCAGGUUACUUUAGAGGAGCAAAUGAUUUGCGGAGCAUUACAAACAUUAAAUGAAGAAGCUUGCGAGGAUGUAUUAGAUGUACCAUCAUCUUCAGUGGUACCAACAGACUCACUCUCAGGGUCCACCUCAGCUGCGGCUCAAGACACAGAUUAUGUGAUACUACAGUCGAAUCCUCUUCUGCAUUGGGUACCGGUUAACGACGAGCCAGAAACGUCGGACGAUAGUUCCCUCGAGUCAACGGUUCACCUGCAGCGCACGAAUUCCCAGCGUAGCAUCGCGUCUCAGCUUAGCACAAGAUCAACCUGCUCGUUCGGCCGUAAGGACUCGAAGAAAGCUGGGAGCAAUGCUGCCAGCAGUAGACCAGCAUCUUUGUUCGUCUCCCCGCCGCCAUCUCCUAGACCAGCGUUCAGGUCGAAGUCAACGGAUGAGAAUUACGUAGCGAAUAACAUACCCCUGAGGCCAACCAUCUCGACGCCGAUAAAAAAACGACGUUCCACGUCCACGCUGAACGAAGAGGUAGUGAUAUCAGUACCGGUAGCAAAUUCUAGCCUAGAAAAGUUAAGCAAGCUCAAAGAUCGUCUUAUGGGGACCUUGCCUACUUCUCCCGCGCCGGGCGAAAGCGAAGACGAGUCAACGCCGUUAGUCUCUGAAUUAUCUACUCCGACCCAUUCGCAGUCGGACAGCGUGUUCAAGCAUGAUUACAGCGAGGAGAACAGCAGCUCGGUGUCGUCUAACAAGAGCUUACCUCGGGACGGUGAACGGUCCAUAGACGUUGAUUACCCCGACACAGUGAGCUUAAUGGUCCGCGAAUCUUCGCACGUGCGUUUCCUGUCCAGACAGGACGCCGAAGAAUGGGACAACCCCGAAACGCCUGUCUGAUAUCUUCUUUCGUUGCUCCAUCGUUAACGAGUCUCACGCGCUGACACGCAAUAAUGUAUGAUAUGUAUAUGCAUGAACGAUAAUUUUAAGUGAAACAGAAGUAUUCGAACCGAGGUUUGUGAUAACUUUUCAAUGGUAGCGAGACGAAACACUGGUUUUAAUGUGCUUUGUAAAUAGUGGAUAGGGCGAGGCCAGCCUCGAGAUAGAGAAAACUUAAUACGACGGUGCUUACACGUCGCGGAAUACGAGAUCUAGUUCAAAUGACCUAAGGGAAGCGAACGUACGUGUAAAAUUAGAUUUCGUUUUAGAGUCUUGACAUUCCUUGUAUUUACGCAUUUAACGAUGCGAGAGAGGUCAGUUUUUU